CGAGGCGACCGGCUGCGGCUGCCUGCUCGCGUAUUUCUAACGGGGAUUCACCGUCGAGCAACAGGCGGCGCCGUUUAGCAGUCGGGACCGGUGGAUAGACGCUCCUUGCACUGAGAUGAUGCGGAUGAGCAUCACAUCAGUCGCAUCGGCGUGCGUCUCGUAACAGACGCUCGCCGUUAUUAGGAAACCGGGACGGGGGAGACAUGUGCGCCAUGAUUUACUUGUUGUCCACCGUGCUGGGAUACGUGCUCGCUUCAGUUCUGUUGCUGAAAUGUCCGUCGCUCCUGCACCGGAGGAAACGGGAGACGUUCCGGGGCAUGCACAUCUCCCACCGCGGCGGGGCUGGUGAGAACCUGGAGAAUACCAUGGCAGCUUUCAGACAUGCAGUGGAGCUGGGCACAGACAUGUUGGAGUUGGACUGUCACCUAACCAAGGACGAACAGGUGGUCGUGUCACAUGACACACACUUGCAGAGGUCCACAGGUGUCGAUGCUUACGUCUCGGACCUGACGUACGCGGAACUGCCUCCCUACCUGUGCAAGCUUGACGUCGCCUUCAAGAGAGAAUUUGUGUGUGAGGGCGGAGAGGACAAGCACAUCCCCCUGCUGAGGGAUGUAUUCGAGGCUUUCCCAGAAACCCCCGUCAACGUUGACAUCAAGGUCAACAACGACACCCUCAUUAGGAAGGUCUCAGAACUUGUAACCAAGUACAACCGGGAGCAUCUGACAGUGUGGGGCAAUGCCAGGAACAAUAUUGUACAGAAGUGCUACAAGGAGAACCCACGGAUCCCCGUGCUGUUCAGCUUGCAGAGGGUGCUGCUUCUGCUGCUGCUCUUCUACACGGGGCUGCUGCCCUUCGUGCCCCUGAAGGAGCAGUUCCUGGAGAUCCCCAUGCCAUCCAUCAUGACCAAACUGAAGGACCCGGCCAGGAUUUCCAGAAGUCAGCGCCUCAUGACCUGGCUGGCAGAUACCCUGCUGAUGAGGAAGACCUUGUUUGAACACCUAAAAGCCAGAGGAAUACAGGUGUAUGUGUGGGUGUUGAAUGAUGAGGAUGACUUCCAGAGAGCCUUUGACCUGGGUGCCACUGGGAUCAUGACUGACUUUCCCACCAAGCUGAAGGACUUCAUGGAGAAGAGAAGCCUCACCAAGCAUCACUGACCAACCCAGCAACCUGACCUUUGUCACCUUUGCUCUCAUGCAUGUGUCAAGCUUCCAGGCUGAGUUCCCCCUCCGAGUUCCCAGCCCCUGGCUCGGACUCACCUGCAUUCCCAUUCUGACCCAUGCUCUACUCCACAGUGCUUCCCUCACAUCCAGGGGACUAGCUUGAGAUUCACCUGUAGGCCAAACAUCAACAUAGACAAUCGCCUGCAAACUCACCAGCCUUAGCAGGCAUUGUUUAAGCACUGAACCAGCAAGCGCAGAUGUUUUUAGGUCCAAAAAAGAAAAGAGUCACAAUCAUGAGCAUUUCAGGGACCAUCACUGGGGGGGGGGGAGUGGUAAAAACUGGCAUCUGUUUACAUCUCUCAUGGGAGAAAAAAAUGAAUGGGAGAAACCUGGGACCCGGUGCGUCGUUCGAAACAUGAGGUCUCAUGCAUCAUGUGUAUGCGGGUAGCUGGGGAUUGCAGUUUCGCACUGAGCGUGAGUGGACUGCACUAUCACUGGCUCAGCUGGCUGCGAGGACACCUGUGGGACAGCGUGGGAAUCACUGCUUCACUAGUGUUCCUGAUGAUGAUGAUGAUGAGGCAAUGCUAUAAAACAGAUGUUGUCAGGAUUUGCUCUGUCUGGUGACCAUGCCCCAGGCUGGCAAUGACUAAGGCCCCUUUUGGGUACAUUCAGUAUACAGUUGUCUUCGUGAUAAUCUAGGCAGCAACAACACAGGUGUUGAACCCAUAAACUGAAAUAUUCUCAUUGUGUAAUUAGAGUCCUGGUGCCGUACACAUGCCUGUAGAGUCUUUCUCUGGUUUUAGAAGUUGAAGCCUGAUUCCAUGCUCACCAGUACAGUCGAGGAAACAGUGCUUGAAGUGGGGAGAAACAGGUGCUGGUACUCCCCUUGUUAUUCAGUACCAGGUGCCGGUACUCCCCUUGUUAUUCAGUACCAGGUGCCGGUACUCCCCUUGUUAUUGAGUAACA